AUGCCUGUGCCGACCGUUCAGGCCCAGCAUCCCUCCGAACAAGAAUCCCACUCUGCAUCGGCAUUCGAAUCUCACUCACAUCUCUCACUGGACCCUGCUGACUCGGCUGCUCUUUCAGCGGUCAUCGCCCGUCAGUUGGCCAAUCUAAGCGACAUCGCCAAACAAACCACUGGCCACCAAAGCAGCAUCCCACUUAGCGGCGUCAGCAGCAUAGACAUGACCAUGAAGACUGAUCGCAAGGCUCACACCCAUACUGCCUCUGCUGCCUCCAUCGCAACCAACGCCAAAAAUUCCACUUCGACCCCAAUUGGUAAUAAAAACAACCAAACCAGCAACAAUAGCAGCAACAAUAGCAGCAAUAUCACUCGGAAACGCAAGGCCACUAAUGCUGCCGAACGGCGUGCAUCCACAACUGACCCAACAGCCUUGGCGGAGAAUCCUCAUACGACUAUCUCCGAGAAGAAAAAGCGGGCAUUGAUUGAUGAGCACAAAGACGACCAUGGGGACCAGGAGGAGGAACAGCGCGUUGUUGAGGUCUCAAGCAAUAAGAGGAAGAAACGCGUGGUAGUAACAACUCCACGUUCACACUCGCGCCAAUCUCAUGCGCCUACGGAACCACUAGCUGCAGUUCAGCCAGUAGAGACGGCGGAGGUUGAUGCCGACGUCGAAGUCGAUGUCGAUGGCAUGGACACGGAUGAGGCACCGCUGCAGUCGAACGCCGAGUCAACGGAAGCCACUGCUGCUGCCAAACACGCUGGUUCGCGAAAGAGCGGGAGUGCGUCUGCAUCGAACUCGACACUCAAGAAGAGCUCUAAGGGUGCGAGUGAGAGUACGACCAAGAGUGCAUCCCUCAGCAGCAAACGCGAUAGCAAUGCCAAUGGUGACACGAAAGCAUCACAUCCUUCUACGACCCCCUCCGCUGCAAUCUCGACAGAGGCAGCAUCUAGCGAAACGAAGACGACAAAGUCAACAAAGUCCCGGAGCACACCCCAAGUUGCUUCCAGUGUUGCAUCCCCACCUCCAUCUGCCGCCGCCGCGUCCUCGCCCCCUUCCGAUGCGGUUCACCAGAAACGCGUAUUACCUUCGCGCGGUGGAAUGCUACGCGACAAGACUGGUGUGCUCCCAAUAGAUGCCACGCUCUUCGAACCUCCAAUUGCUCCUGCAGGAGAAUACAUUCUCUAUCUCGCCAACAAACAAGUCCUGCAAAGGGCCACGGUUGAUCCUAACAGAGUCCCACCAGCAGCCUACUGUGGAGGAGCAGAUGAUUCAGAAGACUUUCAACCUCUAACAGCACCACUGUCAUCCUCAUCAACGACCGCAUCAAGCUCUCUAUCAAAGCUAGCAAUACCCCAAUUAGCGCCUCCGCCGUUUAUUCCCACUCAUAUUGAGGUGCCCAUUUUCAGACCCUGCAGUAUCAGCCAGUUUUUGCAGGAAGAAAAGAAGCGCAGGAUGCAGUUGUUGUCCAAAGCGCUCGCCAAGGCUGAGGCCGAAGCAGCUGCCGAGGCACUUGCGCACGCCAACUCUCCGUCUUCUGCCACGGCGAGAGCCGUUUCGACACGUCAGAAGCACAAGGAAAUUGUGAAUAACCAACAUGUCAGUGUCCAGACCGCAGUCCCCUCUUGGUCCUCACACUCGCAUGGCAGGAAAGCAACGACAACUAAUACGACCCUGGGCAAGAUUGAAGGUAUUGACGGCGGCGCUGGACCGGAGGAGAAUUUAUCGGACGAGGUGUACGAGAAGCGGCAUAGGAAGCAGGAAAUGGCAGAGAAGAAGGUAAAGAAUCGAGAGAAAGAGAAGUUGCGGCAUGCGAUGUAUCAACAGCAGCUGGUGGUUGAGAAGCUGAGGCAUAUUGAGAUCAAUCGCCUGAUGCCCAUCAGCGCGUUCCGAUCGCUUCAGAAGACGGUUGAGCAAGAACAACAGCAGCAGCAGAGGGAGGCAGGGUCCAGCGCGGAUGAGGCUACGCAGCAGCAACACCAUGUACCGAUCUCGUUGGCAGCGGCCAAGGUUAUGCAGGAUCAAUAUCAUCGGCGGUUGCUGCGGGAGGCGGAAGAGAAUUUGCGGAGGUAUGAGCAGCUAGGACUCGGGGAUACGACAAAUACAUUGUCGGCACCAAAGUAUUCGCCGUUCAGUCGUACAAAGAACCGACUUGCCACCAUGAUUCUUCCAGCCCCUAAGACUGGCGAGUCGAGCACGGCUGUUGCAAAGACGACAGCGGCGGAAGUGAAGCAGGAGAAGAAGGAGAAAAGGACCGUCGGGGAUGGACAGAGUCGAAAGAAGGUCAGGGUUCUCAAGGUGUCCACAGAGGAGCAGAAGGACGAUGGCAGUGCUGUUGUUACUAAUCAUCCCAAGACCAAGGAAGUCUCCUCGGCAGCUGUGCCAUCCACAAAGACGGUCGCAGCAGCGUCUUCGACAUCCGCAAAACCAGCUUCGUCCAAGAAAUUGUCUACGACUACGGCGAAACCAGAGGAGGCUCCUACGCCACCGAAACCAAUUACGACGUUCAUCAAGCCUGGAUCGGUACUUGCGUCCGGUGCACGCAAGAGCUCAAGGGUUGCAUUGGCGUUUGGAGAGAAAGUGCCGAUACUGGAGCGGAUGGACUUUGAUCUGCCAAUGGAGGGGUUCGGGGACAUGUUGCUGGAGCGGGCAAAGAGUAGUGCGAUUCUGACGAUGGAACUCCAGAGAAGAGGCCUGCUGGGGGGCAUUGACAAGGAGACUACAGACCAAGGCGAUGCAGUGAAAGAUAAGGCAAGGAAAACAACAGAGGCAUCGUCUGUUGCGACACUUCCGAACGCGCCGUUGUCUUCGGCAUUGACCUCGGCCUCAUCUCUGCCAUCAAAGUCGUCUUCAUGA